UCUCUCUCUCUCUCUCUCUUUUCCUCUCUCUCUCCCCCUUUCUUAAAUUGACAUCGGUCUGGCUCGAAACAUGAUAACAGAAAAGCCUUCCUCCGCUCCGCGCCGCCGGGCUGUCCUCAACCCCGAUCACUUGAAAGUCGUAUAAGCGAGGCGUAAAGAGGAAACAGGAUCGCGCGGUGUCCUACCAGCGGGUGCUUAUAGGGAAUAACAAGAGACCUUUAUACCGCACGCACACACACCCUCUGCAUGUGCUCUCGCGCGCAUCGUAGCUCUCAGAAAGUGCUCGUGUUCCGACUGUAGCUGUUAAGUUAAAGAUGUAUAUGCACGCUUUGAUACGCGCGAGCCUUGGAUUUGUAGGUUUCUGCUUGGUCGCCUUUGUCCAACAGUCCGCUUCAGGAAGUAAAACCAGUCAAGAUGUGGACGAGUGUGCAGAGGCACUUGACAACUGCAGCAUCGACGCCAUCUGCCAGAACACCCUGAAGUCAUACAAAUGUAUCUGCAAGUCGGGCUAUAAAGGGGACGGCAAACAUUGUGAAGAUGUCGACGAGUGUGCAACUGAAUACAACGGCGGCUGCGUCCACGAGUGCAUCAACAUCCCAGGAAAUUACAGGUGCACAUGCUAUGAUGGCUUCCGCUUGGCACAUGAUGGGCACAAUUGUCUAGAUGUGGAUGAGUGCUCAGAAGGCAACGGUGGAUGCCAACAGAUUUGUGUCAACAUGAUGGGCAGCUACGAGUGCCGCUGCAGAGAAGGAUUCCUCCUGAGUGACAACCAGCAUACCUGUAUCCAAAGGCCUAAAGCGCAAGCGGACGGCGGAAAGGACGGACCCACUUGCAUGGACAAGAAUCACGGCUGUGCACACAUCUGUAGGGAAACACAGAAGGGUGGCAUCGCCUGUGAGUGUCGACCUGGAUUCCAGCUCACGCGUAACAUGAAGGACUGCAAAUUGACAUGUAACUACGGUAAUGGGGGUUGCCAGCACAUCUGCGAGGAGACGGACCACGGCCCCAAGUGUUUGUGCCACAUGAAGUUUGUCCUGCACAGCGAUGGAAAGACUUGUGUAGGGGAGAGGAGUGUCCAGUCCCAGGCAGCCCCACAGCUGUUCCCCAAUGAGACCUGUGCGGUGAACAAUGGUGGCUGUGAUAGCACAUGUCACGAUUCAGUGACGGGAGUCCGCUGCAGCUGUCCUGUUGGCUUCACUCUGCAGCCAGACCGCAAGAGCUGCAAAGACAUCGAUGAGUGCCGUCUCAACAAUGGGGGGUGUGAUCACGUGUGCCGAAACACAGUCGGCAGCUUUGAGUGCAGCUGCAAGAAAGGCUACAAGCUGCUGACCAAUGAGAGAACUUGUCAAGACAUCGAUGAGUGCUCUUUUGAUCGCACCUGUGACCACUUCUGCAUCAACUCUGCCGGCAGUUUCCAGUGCCUCUGUCAUAAAGGCCACAUCCUCUACGGCCUGGCGCACUGUGGGGAUAUCGAUGAGUGCAGCAUAAACCAUGGAGGUUGUAAAUUUGGCUGCGUCAACACUCUGGGGAGUUACGAGUGUACCUGUCCACCAGGGUACAAGCUGCACUGGAACAGGAAAGACUGUGUUGAGUUGAUGAAAUGUGCUGUUGGACUGGUGGCACCAAAGGCCACUCUGACCUGUAGCAAGACGGGCAAGAAAGAGAGCUGCUCUCUCACCUGUGCCUCGAAGGCUCACUAUCUGGCAGAGUCUGAUAACAGCUACUCAGUCAGUUGUGGUAUCCCCAUCUUCAGAGGGAAGUCCACUGCCAGGCUCAACUCCAGCAGUAGUCAGGGCUGCAUAGAGACUUUGGCCCCUCCGGUGAAGCAGACGGCUUCUUUCAAGAUUAAAAACGCCAAAUGUCACCUGCACCCGAAGCUGACCGGCAAGACGGAGGACAGAGGACGGACACUUGGACCAGGAGGGGGGCAGCCCUGCAGCAACUGCCUGGUGACAUUUGUCAACCUCAAAUGUGACUCCUCAAAGAAAGCUAAAGGGCGACGCGCUCGCAACCCCGCUAACAAAGAGGUAACGCGUAUUACGCUGGAGCUGGAAGCUGAGGUCAAACCGGGAGACACUACAGGGAGUUGCAAUCUCAGCUGCCUGAGACAGCGCAUGGAGAAGCAGGUAAAGACGUAUAUCAAGGCUCUGAAGAAGUCCAUCAACCAGGAGCGCUUCCUGAUCCGAGUCGCUGGUUUGGAAUAUGAGGUGGCCCAGAAGCUUCCCCAGGCUACUCCCAGUCAGGAGAACUGUGGCCCGGGCUGGGAGAGGGACAGCGGACGAUGUGUCAGAUGCUUGUCGGGGUCUUACUACCAUGGCGAGCAGGAGCGCUGUGUCCAGUGUCCACCUGGCACUUUCCAGGAGAAGGAGGGGCAGCUGGGCUGUGACCUCUGUCCCGGCAGUGAGGGCCACGGGCCUGUCGGGGCACGAAACAUCUCCUCCUGUGCAGGCCAGUGUUCAACGGGGUCCUUCUCCAGCGAUGGGUUCAAACCUUGUCAGGCGUGCCCUCAGGGCUCGUACCAACCAGAUUUGGGGCGGACCCUGUGCUUCCCCUGUGGGGGAGGACUGGGCACCAAGCGGGAAGGUGCCAGCUCCUUCCAUGAUUGUGAAGUCAAAGUUCAGUGUUCUCCAGGUCAUUACUACAACACCACAGUACACCGGUGUAUCCGCUGCCCAGUGGGGACGUAUCAGACAGAGUUUAGACAGAACUACUGUAUUACGUGCCCUGGGAACACCACCACUGAUUUUGAUGGUGCCACAAGUGUCUCGCAGUGCAAGAACAGGCAAUGUGGUGGCGAGAUGGGCGAAUUCAUGGGUUACAUUGAGUCACCCAACUAUCCCGGUAAUUACCCUGCUAACGUCGAGUGUAUUUGGAACAUCAAUCCGCCCAGCAAGCGCAAAAUCCUAAUUGUGGUGCCGGAGAUUUUCCUGCCCUCGGAGGAUGAGUGCGGAGAUGUGCUGGUUAUGAGGAAGAACUGGUCGGCUACAUCCAUCACCACCUACGAGACAUGCCAGACGUACGAGCGGCCCAUUGCCUUCACAGCUCGCUCCAGACGUCUCUGGAUUAACUUCAAGUCCAAUGAGGCGAACAGCGCCAGAGGCUUUCAGAUCCCCUAUGUUACUUAUGAUGAGGACUAUGAACAGCUCGUAGAGGACAUAGUGCGAGAUGGAAGACUGUAUGCCUCAGAAAACCAUCAAGAGAUCCUCAAGGAUAAAAAACUGAUUAAGACUCUUUUUGAUGUGCUGGCUCACCCAAACAACUACUUUAAGUACACCACUCGGGAGUCCAACGAGAUGCUUCCUCGCUCUUUCAUACGCCUCAUCAGCAGCAAAGUGUCCGCUUUCCUGCGACCAUACAAGUAAAGCCCACACAGCUGCUGAAGCACGGGAUUGUGGCCCACCCCCCUCCCCAGACCUCCCUCUCCACGCCAUCCCGCAACUCUUACAGGACUUUAACAAACAUACCAGUAUGUUUACCCUCUCUUAUUUUCCAUAGGCUUUUGACAAUAAACACUAUGCAGACCUGAGAAAUAAUGAAAAUUUGUGUUUUUAGGUUUUUUUUUGUCAAUCUCCGCUCAGCACAGGUCUGCAAUCCCGAGCUCAAGCAUUUAGUGGGUACGUGUAGAGUAUGUGAGUGGGUUUGGUUUCUGUUGUGCAAUGAAACCACGAAAAGAAAACAAUAGAAACGCCCUUUUCAGACAGUAGGAGUGACGUUUUGUGGGCGCGGUUUGAGCUUGAUAGAGCUAGUUAUUGUAUUCGCUUAAAUGAGUGGUCUGAGCUCCAACUCCUACCAUUACGUAUGACUGUAAGUGUUGUGUAACCCCUAGUUCCAUCUUCAGUGUCUGUCUGCUGUCCUCGAGGAGGAGCGGCUGUUCAAUUUUGUGUCGCAGCUACGUUCCGGGUCAUUCAAAGCCUUACUAUAUUUGAGCUCUUAGAGCAGUUUCAAGGGUUUUACUGUUAAAACAGUCAAUGUAUUGUUCCGUCUGUCUCGACUGUACCAGCGUUUUCCAACCAUCAGAUCAUUUGUUGCUCUUUUUGUUUUUAAGCCAACUUAAAGCAAAUACACAAACAGGUGCUUUAUCAGUCCAGGAACAUAGUGGACAUUAUGGAGAUGAAUAACAAACUAAUACUUGAGAGCCACAGAGAGGAGAUAGUGUGACGUCUAGUGGAACAUGUCUCAGAAAGAGCGCGAGAGAGAGAGAGAGAGAAAUGUCUUUGAGGGACAUUAUGUUUGCUGCUGCUUUUAAAAGGUCACUUUAAUUCUUCAAUCUCAUAUUGUCUUUCUGAUGUACUCUACACACCAAUAGUCUCUAGGUUUAAAACUAAGGAAGCUCAGUGUCUGAAACACUUAGUUCUUACACAGUAAGUUGAUAAUGUCACAUUGCCUGUCUGGACUACCAGUUUUAUUGUGUUUUUAUUUCAAUCUUGUAAAUAAUGAAAAGAAAUUAGACGAGGGUUGAAUUCUUUGAUCCUACGCAGGACCCCCAAAAUUACUUUCUGCUCUUCAUGUCCCACCCGUGUCAAAUCCAAAGACACCCAGUACUCCCUUUGAAACACCCCACUUGCAUUUAGUUCUGUCCCAAUGAAGACAGCUCUUCCAAAGACCGCCCAAAAAGGACGGGUCACUUUGUCUUGUACACUAAAUUUAGAGCCCGUCAUCCUACUUAAGUGCAAUGAAUGAGAACACAUCGUAAAUUUUAAUUACACCCUUUUGUGACGCCACAACAAAGCUUGUGAAAUGUGAUUUAGGCUGCAUUCUUGUUGAGACUCAUUUUAUUAAAUAUUUAUCAGUCACUAUGGGCAGAAGAUGUUUUAAGUUACAAUGUGUAACUGCUCUUAUUAAGAGAAAUACAAAAACACUGUAAAGUCUGUCAAGAAAUGUAAUAAAAACGGAACAUUUGGUGUGUAAAAAGAAAAUGGUGAUUUCAAAACAGCGACCAAAAGAGUCAAAUUAUUUUAAAAUCUAACAUGUUAGGAUCUUCCAAGUAGAUAAAGGAAUUGCUUGACAUUUUUGGGAAAUCGAAAUUGCCAAGAAUCGUAUGGAAUUGAAACAACUCGUCUGGACAGAUAGCGUAGCACAAAUACUGCGACUACCAGCACCGCUAAAGCUCACUAAUUACAAAAUAGUUGUAACAUUUUAAUCAGUGGGGUGGGGGUUAUGUGUUGCAUUAUUUUAUGGCUAGGACAUUACUGGAGCGUCUGAACUAGAAACCUCAGUGACUCCAGAAGGAAAGCAAGAAAGGGAAUAAAUAUUUCUCACUAUGUCUGGACUAGUCUUCAGUCCCACCAUUCCUAAAUCCUUAGCACCACCACUUCAGUCAAAUUGGUAAAGAUGACUGCACGAUGAUUAUGAUAAUCCAACACCUUAUCAAAUUUAAUUGAGUCAACGGUUCGGGGGGACCCAUUUGUGUAAAUAAAAAUAAUUGGUACAGGAUAUGAAGUGUACCAUCUCAAACUCUAUUAAGUAGGCUACCUAAAUUUUAGGAUGACAAAGGGAUUUUGAUGCUGGGCCAAGCCACGAAGAACUCACGUCAGGUUGAAAUUCCUCUACAGGUCAAUAUGUCCGCGUACUACAGGCCAACGGGCAGCAUCCCAGUGCGCUCCCUCGGCCCACAUGCCCCAAAAUUCCCCCUCCCACCAGAAUCAGCUUCUUUCCUGCAACCUGAUAAGUUUUGUUUUAUUGUUAAUUGUUGCCUUUUAACGAGAGUUUGCUAUGAUGUAUCAUAGAGUUGAUAAUGAUAUUUGCACUUGAAUUGUUAUUGCUCAUGUAAAGAAAUGUCUGGAUUUUGUAUUGUCUUUUUAAAUGAAUGGAAUUGGUGUUCUUAUUUUCUUGUAGCUUGUUUGUUCAUGAAAUGCUCACUCACCGUUUAGUCUAUAGAGAUGAUACAUAACAUUAUCAACUGUUAAGAAAAGAAGAAGCUAUGUACAGAGGUGAAUGACACAGGUUUGUACUUGUUACUUAGCCAAGACACUUAUUGAAAUAAACAUACUGUACUUCA